AGUUCAGAGCUCCGCACCUCCACGCUCACAUCGGCCCCGGAGAGUGCAGAAGCUUUAUUCUCUUAUCAUACGCAUCAGGAUAAGAGGGUACAAAGUUAUGGAGGUUAUCAGAGGUAGAUUAUUAUUUGUUUUAUAGCCUUUUUUUUACUCACUGAGAUUUAGGACAUCGGCAGUUUGGAAUAAUCUUUUUUUCCCCCUCCACCUUACUUUGCAUCAUCCAUCCAACAUGCCCGGCUUUGGGGUUUGGAUUUACGCAGUGUGGAUUUUACUUUUUUGCCUUUUCCACGUGAGCCUUUCAAACUAUUCCGAAGACCAAUGCAGCUGGAGAGGCAGCGGUUUGUCCCAGCAGCAGGGCAGCGUGGAGCAGAUCUCUCUCCACUGCUCCGAGGGCACACUGGACUGGCUUUAUCCCAAAGGAGCCCUGCGCCUCACCCUGUCUCCGCGCCUGCCCUCCAUGGUGGUGGGCCCCAGCGGCAGCAGCUCUGGGCUCAUCACUGCCUGCGUCAAGCCCUCUGAGGAGUUCCACGGAGCCCAGCUCUACCUGGAGAGAGAUGGGGUCCUCGAGCUCCUGGUAGGAGACCGCCUGGAAUCCUCCCCCCCGCCGAGGGUGCGCUGCUUCAGCCGCCUGCCUGGGGAGAGGGUGGCCCUCUUCCUGCAGGCUACACCGCAUCAGGACAUCAGCAGGAGGAUCGCCUCAUUUCGCUACGAGCUGAGAGGGGACUGGACAGCUCGCCUGUCCCUGGACUCCCACCCUAUUAGCACUGAAGACGCCUGCAGACCCUGCAACAACACUGAGAUUCUGAUGGCUGUUUGCACCAGUGAUUUUGUGGUGCGAGGCAACAUCAAGUCAGUGGAGGAGGACGAGAACUUAAGAGCGGCCGUGAUCAAGGUCAGCGCCACCCGCGUGUUUCGCCAGAAGUACACACUGUUCACCGGGAACAGCCGCCUGAGCAGCCGGGGCGAGAUCAGGACUCUGCUCCAGUGUGGCGUCAAACCCGGACCCGGGAGCUUCCUUUUCACCGGCCGAGUCCACUUCGGCGAGGCCUGGCUGGGCUGCGCUCCGCGCUACAAGGACUUCCAGAGGGCUUACACCGUAGCCAAAGCAGCCCAGCAGAUACCAUGCGAGCUGCCCGUAGACUGAGACAAAAACUCAGCUCGUCUGCUACGCAAAAUUGGAAGCUGUGCUGAGCGCCAGGCCAAACUCAGCCCUGUUCCACGUUCGGGAAGAAGCCGAGACGGGCGACUGUCGGCUCGCGUAGCCUUCCCAAAGGCCUGAGGAGUGAAAUGGACUUUUCAGACACCAUUUCAGUGCAAUACGCGGUCACUUGUUGCAAAGAGCCCAGUGGUUUUCGUGACACUGAGGGGGGACACGGCUGAAACGAAGCUUAAGCAGUGAUGCCAUAAAGAUGGUCAAAGUAAAAUGAUGUAAUGAUGAAAAAGCUUUCCAUUAAUUCAGGCCUACUGAGAGUCAUCGCAUUGAAACUUAGGGAAAAAAAGAAAAGCUCUAUAAAAAGCUCAAGGCUAUCAGCUGACAUCCUGUGGAGCGUACGCCACACAGGUGUUGCUGCGGUCUAUUCAUAAUGUAUUUUAUCAGAUAAUAACAGGACAAUGUGAUACUUGUCUUCAGUGUUAGUUUUAUGAAGGAGAUUAUAUAAGUCCACGCUAAGAGAAACAUUAAAAACAACUUGCACUGAAUGAAAGGGAAUGAUCUAGAAAGUGUGAUGCUGCAAGCACUGAAAACCAAAUAAAUGUUU